UGGGUUGUGCAGGAGGAGAGCAAGCACAGCCUAAUUGCUCUCCCUGCAUCAGCAGCAUCUAUAAAGCAUCCUGGGAAUUGCUUGCCUUACGUUCAGAGCAGCUGGUCACAUGAGCCUGAAUUUUCAGCUCAGUUCAUUAGUCAGCCAUUUUGGUCAACACCCUGCUUACUGCGCACAACCAAUCCUAUUAGAACUCAGCAUCCUGGCUUAUCUGAGCAGAUCCUGGAAGUGAUUUCUACAGUUCAGGAAUUUUUAAAAUCUAAAUUGAAAAAAUAGGUUUACUUUCCUUUUCUUCCUGCACAAAGAACAAGGAUCUUUCGCUUGUUCCUGCUGAAGCCAGUUUUCUGAAGCCAGCUCAGGCAGCAUCGGCUGGGCGAUUUGAAGCCGGCAUCUCCGGCAUCUCCGCUGGAGAGGAGGGGGGAAGAGAAGGAACAAGGCAAGGGAGCCGGGAGAAGACAAGCCUCGUUUGAUUUUGCUUCGUGGUAGGACCUGCAUCUAAGGGAAGAGUACAGAAUUGUUUAUCUUAUCCAGUUGCUUCCUAAACUGGAAGAUAUUUUUGUUUGUUUGUUUGGUUCAACCCUCCCUCCUCCCUUUUCCUAAAAGCUUUGUUUCAGAGCUUUAGGCCUGGGUCUUGGGGUUUGUUUGGUGAGGAGGUUUUAUUUAUUUAUUUGGGGUGUGUGUUUGUGUGUGGUGUGUGGGUUGUGCGUGUUGUGGUCCCAGCUGAGUCAUCAUGUCUGCUCUGACGCCUCCGACCGAUAUGCCCACUCCCACCACGGACAAGAUCACGCAGGCCGCCAUGGAGACCAUCUACCUUUGCAAAUUCCGAGUGUCUAUGGACGGCGAAUGGCUCUGCCUGCGAGAGCUGGAUGACAUCUCACUUACACCUGACCCAGAACCUACCCAGGAAGACUCUUGGGAGGAUUUGACAGAUUUGGUGGAGCAAAUGCGUGAUGAUGCAGAAGAUCCAAAUUAUCUCAUGGCUAAUGAACGCAUGAACCUGAUGAAUAUGGCCAAGCUGAGUAUCAAGGGCUUGAUUGAAUCAGCGCUCAACCUGGGGAGGACUCUGGACUCCGACUACGCACCUCUCCAGCAGUUCUUCGUGGUGAUGGAGCACUGCUUGAAGCACGGCCUCAAAGCCAAGAAAACAUUUCUUGGGCAAAAUAAAUCCUUCUGGGGACCUCUAGAACUCGUGGAAAAGCUUGUUCCAGAAGCUGCAGAGAUAACAGCAAGUGUUAAAGACCUUCCCGGACUCAAGACACCAGUAGGUAGAGGAAGAGCCUGGCUUCGUUUGGCGUUAAUGCAAAAGAAACUCUCAGAGUAUAUGAAAGCGCUGAUCAAUAGGAAGGAGCUUCUCAGCGAAUUCUAUGAACCCAAUGCCCUCAUGAUGGAAGAAGAAGGAGCCAUAAUUGCUGGUCUCUUGGUGGGUCUGAAUGUCAUUGAUGCCAAUUUCUGUAUGAAAGGAGAAGAUUUGGACUCUCAGGUUGGAGUUAUAGACUUUUCAAUGUAUCUCAAGGAUGGGAACAGCAGUAAAGGGAGUGAAGGAGAUGGUCAAAUUACUGCAAUUCUGGACCAGAAGAACUAUGUAGAAGAACUAAAUAGACAUCUAAAUGCUACUGUAAACAACCUUCAGGCAAAAGUAGAUGCAUUAGAAAAAUCUAAUACAAAACUGACAGAAGAGCUUGCAGUUGCAAACAACAGGAUUAUUACCUUGCAAGAAGAAAUGGAACGAGUUAAAGAGGAAAGCUCCCACAUAUUGGAAUCCAAUCGAAAGGGUCCUAAGCAAGACAAAACUUCAGAAGGGCAAGCACUGAGUGACGCAAGAAAGCAUUUAAAGGAGGAAACACAAUUACGACUGGACGUUGAAAAAGAGCUGGAGAUGCAGAUCGGGAUGCGACAGGAAAUGGAAAUGGCCAUGAAGAUGCUGGAGAAGGAUGUCUGUGAGAAGCAGGACGCCCUGGUGUCUCUGCGGCAGCAACUGGAUGAUCUUAGAGCUCUCAAACACGAACUUGCCUUUAAGCUGCAGAGUUCAGACUUAGGAGUAAAACAGAAAAGUGAAUUAAACAGUCGCUUGGAAGAGAAGACUAAUCAGAUGGCUGCUACCAUUAAACAGCUGGAACAAAGUGAAAAGGAUUUGGUGAAACAGGCAAAAACCUUAAAUAGUGCAGCAAAUAAACUGAUCCCCAAACAUCACUAGGCUAUUUUCAGUCGGGCAGUGCAAGUCCAACAUCACGACUUAAUUAUAGAAGGAAGAAACCUGAAAAUCAAUUAUGUUUAAGCUCUGGUUCUGUAAAAUGUCGCUGAAAGUUGACUGGGAAUUUGCUGGACUUUAACCAACCACUUGGAUCUGUCGAUUGGGUUGUGUUUGUUUCAUUGGUUUUCUUUCUUUUUUCACUUGUCUCCCCAGAAUUAGAAAAUUUGGUGUAAGUACCUGACUAAAUGCCAUAUAGACAAUGUGAAAUUAUUUCUGAGUUGACCAAUCAAUAAAUCAUGGGAGAAGAAAGAAAGAAAGAAAAACACCUAAAGAAUUGAAGUCCUGUAUAGAUUUAUUGAGACCCUUACAACUCAAUCCUGACAAUAUCAAAUUCUAGGUGCAUUGUUCAUGACUCUUAUCAGUCAACUGGUUCAACCUUGCAAGAUAAUGAACUGGAGGUGAAUACCUUGUGAACUUGGACUUCUCUAAAGUGGCUCUGUGUGUCUUAGUCAUUACCUCACUUCUUUGUUGCAUAGGUUGAUUCCCAAGCCAAGGAUUUAGUAUUUCAUGCCCCUACAUUUUUAUUCUCAGUAGCCAGGAUUGCUUGCAACUUUUUUUUCUUAGUGACUUGAGGAAAUCACAACACAACAGGAUGAAGAAAAUGUUAUAAAAUUGAUU